AUGAUUUCAGAGACCAUCCGCCGUGUGAACGGAUACGAGCACGAUGCAUACACAUACUACCCGGUCAUCAUCAUCGGUGCUGGGGCUUCCGGCAUUGCUAUGGCUUGCCAGCUAAAGCAGCAGCUUGGGUUCGAUCAAUUCCGCAUAUUCGAGAGGCAGGCUGGUAUUGGAGGAACGUGGUGGAUCAACAGAUAUCCUGGUGUUGCUUGUGACGUACCAGCAGUCUUCUACUCGUUCUCAUUUGCGCAAAACCCCGAAUGGAGCUCGCUUCACCCUCCUGGCCGCGAGAUCGUCAAGUACUACCACGAAGUAUGCCAGAAGUAUCGAAUCACGGACAAGAUCGAAUGCAACACAGACGUCGAGGGUUGCAGAUGGCUGGAGGACGAGCAGCUGUGGGAAGUCACAAUACGUCGAAUGGUAGCAGGCAUGGGAGAUCUCUCGUCUAAGGACCGCGCGAAGGUCGUAGAAGAGAAGGGCGAACACGCCGUGUACUCCGAGACUGAGACCGUCAAGGCGAAGGUCGUCGUCAGCUGUGUAGGUGGCAUUGUCGAGCCCAGGGGCUGGCCUGAUGAGAUUCCUGGUCUCGACAAGUUCAAGGGGAAGGUCUUCCAUUCUGCUCGAUGGGACGAAACUGUUGACCUCCAGAACAAGAACGUGGUCGUCGUUGGCACAGGGUGUAGCUCUGCACAGAUUGUUCCGAGGUUGCCAAACGAACCAUAUAAUGCGAAGUCGGUCACUCAGCUUAUGCGGUCACCACCCUGGGUGGUGCCUGCAGUGAGCAUUCCCGGAGGCGACAAGUGGUGGGAGGAGAACAGCCCGAAGAUCUUGAAGUCCAUCCCCGGGCUCAAGGAGUUUCUGCGAUUCUUGAUCUUCAUUGGCGCUGAAGGAGAAUUCUUGAAGCUCUUUCCGAACACUCCAUACGCAGAGAAGCACCGCAAGCUUUACGAAGAGAGGACCCUGGAGUGGGUGAAGAAGACCGUACCUGAGAAGUACCUUGAGAUUCUGACUCCAGAUUAUGGAGUCGGUUGCAAGAGGAGGAUCUUCGACAAGCGUUGGCUCAAGAGCCUGAAUGAUGCCAAGAUUGAGCUUACGACUAUGCCCUUGACGCGCUUGACGGAGGAUAGCGUCAUACUUGGUCCAGGCGCCACAUACCCCAAGAAUGCGAAAGAGGAAGACUACCCUGAGCGAGAGGUACCUGCCGAUGUCAUCGUCCUUGCUAACGGCUUCGAUGUUACUCGAUGGCUCCACCCUCUGCGAGUCGUAGGCAAGGGAGGCAAGGAUCUGGUCGGGCUCAUGGAAGAGCGAGGCGGAGCUCAAGCAUACCAAGGCACAGCCAUGGACGGUUUCCCCAACCUGUUUCUGAUCUUUGGUCCUAACACAGCAACCGGUCACUCAUCAGUCGUCAUGGCCAGUGAGAACAUGGUCAACUACAGUCUCAACUUCAUCAAACUCGUCCUCAACGGAGAAGCGAGGACUGUGGACGUCAAGAAGGAAGCCGAGAUCGCAUACACGAACGAGAUGCAGGAAGCUCUCAAGGACACUGUUUGGCGAAGCGGCUGUGUGUCCUGGUACUAUACAAAGGACGGGUGGAACUCUACUGUCUACCCGUACACCCAGAUCGACUUUUGGCGACGAUGUGCGUUUCCCAAGUACAACGACUGGAACAUCGCAUACACAAGUAAGGGUAUCUCGAAGAUAAGACGAACAAGAGCACUGCGGCUACUCAGCGUUACUCUGGCUAUCAUUGGCGUGUACCGCUGGCGCAGGAGUGGAUUGGGUGUCAAGGAUAUCAGAGCUAUACUGCAGAAAGUUUUCCAGGACGUGUUGACGACGGCUGUACAGGCUUGGACCUUGUUGAAGGACCAGGCUCAUCUUUGA